AUGGAAGUUAAACUCAUUUCAACAGAAAUGAUCCAACCUUCAUCUCCAACACCAAAUCAUCUCAGAAACUUUAAUCUUUGUCUCUUGGAUCAGCUCAUUCCAGCUCCCUAUGCACCUAUUUUACUCUUCUAUCCCAAUCUUGACGAUAUUAAAGUCCACGAAAAAUCAGCAUUGUUAAAGAAAUCACUAGUUGAUACGUUGUCUCGCUUUUAUCCACUAGCAGGGAGGUUUAAAGAUGAACUCACCAUCGAUUGCAACGAUCAAGGAGUUAAUUAUGUUACAACUAAGGUUAAUUGCCAUCUAAUCGCGUUUCUAAACGAACCAAAACUCGAAUCAAUGGACCAAUUUCUUCCUUGUCAACCUCCUUUUAAGGUAUUAGCUGCAGGGGAUUAUGUGACUAACAUUCAAAUUAAUAUUUUUGAAUGUGGUGGAAUUGCAAUUGGUUUAUGUAUAGCACAUAAAAUUCUUGAUGGAGUAGGGCUAAGUACAUUUCUCAAAUAUUGGGCUGGAUUAGCCUGUAGUUCAAAUGAAGUACAAUUGCCUAAUUUAAUGGCUAAUUACUUUUUUCCAGCUGAGGAUUUGUGGUUAAGAGACACAUCUAUGACCAUGUGGAGUUCAAUAUUCAAGAAAGGUAAUUUUAUUACAAGAAGAUUUGUUUUUAAUGCCACUGCUAUAAACAACCUUAAAACUAUGUCAACUAGCUCACAUAUAAAACAUCCUACUAAAGUUGAGGUUGUUUCAUCUUUUAUAUGGAAAUGUUCAAUAGCUGCAUCCAAACAGAAAAAUUGUUCGAAUUCGCUACUAACACACAUUGUGAACUUGAGAAAAAGAGCAGCACCAGCUUUGGCUGAAAACAUUCUUGGAAAUCUUCUUUGGCUAUCAAGUGCAAAGAAUACAGCAAAACAUGAAAUGGGGUUGCCUGAUUUGGUGAAUCAAGUACGAAAAUCUAUAUCGAGGAUCGAUGAUCAUUAUAUCAAAAAACUACGAGGCGAUGAAGGGUUUAAUUUGAUGAGAAAAUCUCUUAAGGAAAUUGGAGAUUUUUGCUCAAAAGGUGCAGAUCAUUAUGGAUUUACUAGUUGGUGUAAGUUUGGAUUCUAUGACAUUGAUUUUGGAUUUGGAAAACCAAUAUGGAUUAGCAGUAUAAGUUCAAGGUGUUCAUUUUUCAUGAAUCUUAUUAUACUUAUGGAAACUAAGUGUGUUGAUGGAAUUGAAGCAUGGGUGACAUUGGAUGAGGAAGAAAUGAACAUGUUAGUUGGUAAUCAAGAGCUCUUGGUUUUUGCUUCUAUAGACCCUAGCCCUCUUACUAUUUUAAGACCCUAG